AUGGAGAGUAACGAGCGCAACACAGGAAUUACUUCAGAGACCAAAAAGAGAGUUUUAGAGUUAUGGAGCAACCAUCCAGAUGUUAUCUGGACGCCCGAGGGCGAGCCGACAAUCCCAGCCGACGCGCUUAAGGGCGUUAUCCACGGAUUCAACCCAGACGGCUCGUCGCUGAUGACCCCAGUCGAAGAGGCCAUGCUCGACGCACUUCUCCGAGAUAACCCUGGCAUGAACUGCACACCCACUAUGAUUCUCGAAUUCAUUGCCCAACGCGCGAAAGCCAGUCCAAAAGAGUCACCAGAAAACAACGACAGCGACAAACCACUACCGCCACCCCCAGAAGACGCUAUGCAGCAGCAUUUGCUACGGGAUUCGCCAGACCAGCUCGAUGAGCUCGAUUUGACAAUGACAAUGACGCCCAGUGACCACGGAGGAUUCAGCCGACCUCCGUCAAGAGGCCCGCCACCCACGCCAUCCUCUGCCAAAACCAUGUUUGAUACCGACCGGAGGCAACGGUCGACACCGCUAACUGCACCAUCGAGUUGGACCGUCAAACGGCCAACACCUGCUGCCCGCCGCAAGAGCGACGCUGGCCACCGAAGUGACAGUGACUCUGGACUCCCUCCGUCGGCAUUCCGACGCAGCACAAGCCGAACAGGCGGGAGUCGAAGUCGCGCCCCGUCCAACCCUACGUCGCCCAUGUCCUCUUCCAACCUCGAUUUGAAUACCUUCUCGCCAAUAUCAUCGUCCAGCAGCUUCUCGCGGCCUCCCUCCCGCCAACACUCUGCAUCCAACUCUGGCGCCUUUGCAUCGCUGCACUUUGGUGCCCCAGAUGAUCACGGCUAUUCUUCGUCGGAGGACGCGAUUGACUAUAGCAGUCAUCAUAGGGCUCCAAAUCCUUCUCCGGAGCGAUACCCGGGAGAUAUGAAUACCGUGCCAAUCCCUCGUGAAGAGGGCGAUUCGGACGACGAGGAGUCUGUUCUUGGGCUUGUACAUGACCGCGAUUAUCGACCUUCGGACGCGUCAAUGGCCGACUAUGAGCGAUUAGAAGCGCUGCAGAAAGUCAACAGUGACCUUCAGAAGAAGUGCAUGGAGGCGGAGGAGAUGCUGCAUCGAAAGGUAGCGGAGCACGAGCAGGAUUAUAUCGAUUGGGAAAGCCAGUUGGAGCAGCUACGAGCUGAGCUGAGCGCGGCUAAGAGGGAAGAGAAGGAGUUGAGGGCGAAAGAUGUUUGUCAUGUUUUCUUUGUCAAGUAUCCCGAUGCUAACGUACUUUUCCAGAGGCAAAACAAUACGCAAAUUGCAGCACUUGAACAGGAAGUUGUCCGGGUCACCAAGUUGUUGGAGCAAUCCAAGGCGACAUACACGAGCCUUCAGAGGCAAUACCAGGAGCAGUGCGCGAGCUCUGAACGAUACCGCAAUGACUUGCGCGAGCGCGAAGAAUAUAUCCGCAAUUUGAAGGAAACGGUCGCGCUGAACGACCUGGACAAGGAGCGGUCCGAGAAGGAGCGAGGCCUUCUUGAAGAGCGGAUAACAGCCCUCGAGUUGGACCUCCAAAACGCACAGACCGUCUAUACUGAGUUGGAGGACCAGAAGCAGGAGAACUUGAUGCUCAAGGAGACCAUCGAUCGCAUGCGAUUCGAUAUGGAUGAAUUGAGGCACACAUUAACGACUACCAGCAACUCCAAUAGUUCUGCUUCGAGUACAGCUGGUUCUAUCAGCAAGAGUCUCGGUGCUGAGCUGGCGGGCAAGCUCAAGGAGCAUAGCUGGGAGGAAGAAGAGGAAGACGACACGGGCGCCGAGUCUACUGCCAGUACUGAUACGCUUGUCAUCGAGGAGGAAGAAUUGACGGAGGGAGAGGAGGAGGAUGUGAUUCGGACGAUCAUCACUCGUAAAAAGAGGAAAGUGCCGAGUAAGGCCAUCGAGAGAUACCAACACCGGGAAUUCGAAGAGGCCAAGGAAUACUCUGAUAUGGGUAUCCAGUACGACCCUACCUUGUUCUCCAUCAGCCGGACAGCCCAGACCAUGCCUGAGCCCAAGAUCAUCCGAGCCUCCUUCAGCACUCAAACUGAACUUCCACCCGUCGUCGAGUUUAGUGUACAGACUGACGUGGAGGAGCAACCUCAGAAGGUGACCAUGGAGAUGGAGAUUCAGACUGAUAUCCCUGAAGAGGAGGAGGUUUCGCGGUCGCCCUCACCUACCAACGCCCAGCUCGACAGCAUGGCAUCGAGCGAAUCAACCAUCAUCCCGCCCACUCCUCGCCAGGUGCCAAACAGGACUCUCGGUUUGGACGACGAGCCGUCUGCCUCCUCAUCCUCCGACCAGCCUCCUGCCUAUCACGACCACAACUGGACUGUUGUUUCCGAUGUCCUCAAGAAGUGGCACGCUGGCGCCAAGAUCCCUAUCCCUGCUGAUGGAGGUGUGGAGGGCGGAGCUGUCAGCGAAGACCUCGUCGAGGAAUGGAAGGCCCUGAAGGAUGAGCUCGGGGUGGAGUGCAUGGUCAUCGACAAGAUGAUCGAGAACUCAAAGGUCGUACCCAGUACGAACGGCGAUGGUGAAGGCGGACGCAAAGGUAAAAACAAGCGCCGCAGUCGGUUCUACAACAUCUACAAUACGUAUGUCUUCGGGAACGACUCGUCAGAAGGAUCGUCGAAACCACCCACCACGAUCUCGCUUGUCACGUCGCUGGCCACCCAGGCGGCUCUCAUCGCCGGUGCUGGUGCGCUGGUGGUUCUUGCGCUCACCCCCUACAUCGCACCGCACUACUCAAUUCCCGGUGGACCUGUUUACUAUGAUCGUGCGGCGUGGACGAGUUUCAAUACCCUAUCCGCUGCGGGGGAGGGGUUUGGCUUUGGUCUACGAGGAGGGUAUGGAGGCGGUGAUGGGACCGAGGCCGUUUGGAAGGUGUUGGGUAGGGUUGGAGGUGGCGCUGCGAGGAUGGCUAGGGGUUGGCCUACAUAG